AUGCGGCCUUCACCACUGACCGCCUCGACCAUUCGGGAUAUGCCGCUCGACUUGGUCGACCGCAUCAGGUCUUUCCCCCUAUUCGCCUCCGCACCCGAAGAGUUCUUGGCUGCCAUUGGAAACCAUCUACGGCCCCAAGUCCACGCAGCCCAAGAUCACAUCCUCACAGAAGGCGAUGACGCUCGGGCAAUGUACUGGUUGGUGCGAGGGGUCGUGGCGGUGACGUCUCGGGACGGCGAGGCCAUUUAUGCAGAACUCAAACCUGGUGCGUUCUUCGGAGAGAUCGGCGUUCUCAUGAACAUCCCUCGCACUGCCACCAUCAUUGCCCGCACCAAGUGUCUUCUCGUGGUCCUUAAGAAGGAGGAUCUGCAGGCAGAGUUGCCCAAGUUUCCAGAUAUGGAGAAGGCCAUUCGCCAGGAAGCCCAAGAACGGUUGAACAUUCUUAAGCAGAAACGGCAAGAGGGCGGGCAGCCUCUGAAACCCCCGUCGACACACAUCAACGGACUCAGAGAACCAGCUCCAGGUGAGGUUUCGACCGGCGAGAUAGGCACCAUCAAGGAGGGGACGGUUGUAAACUCCAAAAAGAGAAAAUCACCAAGUCCGGGAGCCAUCGAGGAUCCUGCCGCAGGAAGCGCCCUCGGGAGCGGUUUCGUCAACGUCCGUAAAACACUAAAAGAGCUGCCGCUUUUCUCUACAUUACCCCCCGACAUCCUCCAUUUCCUCGGCCUGAGCGCGCAGCCCAAAACCUAUGCGCCCUUCACAGACAUUAUCCAGCAAGGCUCAGCCGGCAACGAGAUCUUUUUCAUCGUUCGAGGGGAGGCCGAAGUAGUACACGAAGCAUCGAAUCCGCAGGAACCAUUCAAAAAAGACCUUCGUGCUUCUUACAUCCGCCCGAGGCUGAAGGCUGGCCAGUAUUUCGGAGAAGUUGCGAGUUUGGGUUUGUCAGAAGGUCGAACGGCGACAGUUCGGGCUAUCACAACGGUGGAAUGCCUGAUGAUUCCAGGUGACGCACUAGAUAAGCUGUGGACCAGAUGCCCACCCGACAUCAAGUCACAAGUGGAAGAGACGGCAAGGAAAAGAUACAAGAAGUCGGACGAGGAUGUUGAGAUGGCGGAUGUGGACGUCAGAGAACGCGCCAGCAAGUCAGAUCCUCCAACACCGACAACGCCCAAGUCUCUGCCGCAUGUCACGUUCACAACUCCAUCGAAGCCGACGUCACCCACGAAAGACGACAACGACACAAUGGAACCGAAGGAUCCCGACCCCUUCUUGAGUGUGGACAUGGAGAAUAUGCGGAAUAGGAGACGCAACUCCUUGGCCCCUCCUACCCCGCAAUCCGACACCUCUUCGCCGACAGGGAUGAACGGCUUCCGAAUGCACCAGAUCGAAUCAACUCCCCUACGCUUCUCUGUCCCCCAGUCCCCUCCUGACUCCGAAGCACCGGUUAAGCGAGCGAGAACGUUACCUCGCCGCCCGCAUCCCGCUCUCGUCCCUGCAUUGCCGGAUGACGAGCUGAUUAAGGUCUUUCAGUUUUUGGAUAUCGCGGAGCUCAUGCGGGCGAGACUCAUUUGUAGCCACUGGCGCAAAUUACUAACCACGCACCCGAUGGUGUGUCGGGAUCUGGACCUUUCAGAGUACAAUAGGAGAGUCACAGACAUGGCCAUCAAGAACGUUAUCGGGCCUUUUGCUGGAGAACGACCCCGUACCGUCGAUAUCAGCAAUUGUUUUCACAUCACGGAUGACGGCUUCCGCGCUCUAUGGGAAAGCUGUGGCCGGAACGUGAAGCGCUGGAGGAUGCGGUCCGUCUGGGAUGUGUCUGCGAAUCAGAUCCUGGACAUGGCCGAACACGCCAGAAACUUGGAAGAGGUCGAUUGGAGCAACUGUCGUAAGGUUGGCGAUAACCUUCUCGCCCGUGUUGUUGGCUGGGUAGUUCCUGAACCACCACCUCCGCAACCUGCGAGCAAACAGGUCGUCAUCUCGAGCUCUGCCGCGAAGACCAAAUCCCAGAAGGCUAGCGCGCAGCAGGUGCAGCAGGCACAGCAGGCGCAGCAACGAGCAGCUAACAUUCCGAAACCCGGCACAAUCAUUGGGUGCCCCCGUCUGAAGCACCUCAACCUAUCAUACUGCAAGCAUAUCACCGAUAGGUCAAUGGCUCAUUUGGCAGUCCAUGCAUCCAAUCGCCUCGAGAUCCUGUCCCUCACGCGUUGCACGUCAAUUACCGACGCCGGUUUUCAGCACUGGGCUCCUUACAGAUUCUUGAAUCUUUCUCAGUUGUGUCUGGCCGAUUGUACCUACCUUUCCGACAAUGCGAUUGUCGCUCUCGUGGGCGCGGCCAAGAACCUAACGCAUCUGGAUCUCUCCUUCUGCUGCGCACUUUCCGACACCGCCACAGAAGUCGUGGCACUGGGCCUGCCCCAGCUUCGCGAACUCCGUCUGGCAUUCUGCGGUAGUGCGGUCUCGGACGCCAGUCUUCAGUCUGUCGCAUUGCACUUGAACGAGUUGGAGGGCAUCUCGGUUCGGGGCUGCGUCCGUGUGACCGGCGCUGGUGUCGAGAAUCUCCUUGAGGGCUGUGGACGAAUUCAAUGGGUUGAUGUCAGUCAAUGCCGGAAUCUCGAAAGCUGGAUUCGGAGCGGUGGUAUCAUGCGAUGGGGGUUUGACGAACGUGGAGGCAAUGGCCUGUCGCCGGGUCAAGUGCCGCUGCCGUUGCCACAUCCCAGUCCAACCACCAAUCACGUCGGCUUGCGCGGGAGGCCACAUGCACUCAGUUUCCGCCGCCGCGCUAGGAAACCCGUGCGCUUUAUUGUCGAGAAAGGGGCGUUCGGCUUGCGAUGA